AGGCAAUUUUGCACCAAAAAUAAAAAGAAGGCAAAUUUCCUAUUUGUGGAAGUCAGAGUAGUUUUUUGGAUCGUGCCGAGGAAGGCAAAACCAGCGGUAUCCAACGGCAUUCUGAACCCAUAUCCUUCCCGCCAAAUGUGAAGACAAAUAUCCAUGGCCAGAAAAACCCGCUUAUCUUCACAAGCUCUAGAAAAAUUCAUCCAAACCCAGAAAAACCUCUCCAAACCCACGCCCCGACUAUGGCCGGAUUCAGACCCAGACGACCCACGAGUGCGCACGUUAACCCUCAACCACCCCAUCCUGCGCACCUUAGAAUCCUGCAACGGCACGCUGACAGAGUUCAACCAAAUCCACACCCAGCUAAUUGUCUCCGGCAUAUUUCAACAUUCUCUCGUUUCGAGCCGAGUGGUGAAGAAAAUGUGCUCUUCUUCUUCCUCGCCGUCAAGGGUUUCUCACGCGAUCUCGCUCUUUGAUCGGUUCGAAGAGCCCGAUGCGUUUCUGUGUAACACGAUUGUUAGAGGUUUGGUGGGAUUGAACGACCCACUUGGUGCUCUUAAUUUUUAUUAUGAUAAAAUGGUGGGGAAUUUUGUUUUGCCAAAUAAUUAUACUUUUCCGCUUUUGGCGAAGGUUUGUGCGGAGAUUGGGUCAGUUAGAGAAGGGGGAAAGACCCAUGGUAGGGUUGUGAAAUUCGGGUUUGAGUCAGAUUUGUUCGUUCGGAAUGCUUUGAUUCACAUGUACUUUGUUUUUGGGAGAAUUCGGGACGCACGGGAGGUGUUUGAUCAAAGUCCAAAGUCGGAUUUGGUCACUUGGAAUUCGAUGGUGGAUGGGUAUGUGAAGAACAGGGAAGUGGGUGUUGCGCGUGGGGUUUUUGAUGUAAUGCCUGAAAGAGAUGCUUUUACUUGGAAUUCUAUGAUCGCGGGUUAUGUAGCGAUUGGGGAUGUUGAGGAGGCAAAAAAGUUGUUUGAGGAGAUGCCAUUUAGAGAUAUUGUUUCCUGGAAUUCCUUGAUUGAUGGGUAUGCAAGGAUUGGAGAUAUUUCAUGUGCUCGGGAGUUUUUUGAUCGGAUGCCCGUUAGGAAUGUAGUUUCUUGGAACAUGAUGUUGUCUCUUUAUGUGCGAUCCAAGGAUUAUAUAGAGUGUUUGAAUUUGUUUGAUAGGAUGAUGGAAGGAGGGGAUGCUCAGCCAGAUGAGGCCACUCUUGUCAGCAUCCUAACUGCAUGUGCACACCUAGGGAGGCUUGAUAGAGGUAAAUGGGUUCAUACUUACAUUAUAAAUCAUAGGACAAUUGUACCAGACGUGCUACUUUCAACUGCUCUCUUGACAAUGUAUGCAAAAUGUGGGGUUAUGGAUUUGGCCAGAGAAGUCUUUGAUGAGAUGCCUAAAAGAAGUGUUGUAUCAUGGAACUCUAUGAUUAUGGGCUACGGAAUGCAUGGGUAUGGAGAGAAGGCUCUUGAAGUGUUUCUUGAGAUGGAGGAGAGAGGAGUCAUGCCAAAUGAUGCCACUUUUAUAUGCAUUUUAAGUGGCUGUGCUCAUGCGGGAUUGGUUUUGGAGGGCUGGUGGUACUUUGACCUAAUGCGCCGAGUUUACAUGAUUGAGCCUAAGGUGGAGCACUAUGGCUGCAUGGUCGAUCUUCUUGGCCGGGCUGGCUUACUAAAGGAUUCUGAAAAGCUAAUCAUGAAUAUGCCAAUGGAUGCAGGUCCUGUUCUAUGGGGAGCUUUGCUUUCAGCUUGCAGGAGCCACUCAAAUCUUGAGCUUGGUGAGAUUGUGGCUAAGCGGCUGAUUGAGUUGGAACCAGGAGAUAUUGGUCCUUAUGUGUUGCUAUCAAACAUAUAUGCAGAAGAAGGGAGGUGGGCUGAUGUAGAAAAUAUGAGAAAGAUGAUGACGAAUAAGGGGUUCCACAAAGAGGCGGGGUCUAGCCUGGUUGAGUCUGCAGAUUUUGGUACUGAUUUUUUUCAGGGAAGAAGUUCAGUACAUAAAAGGAGCAUGGUUUACUCCAUGUUGAGUCAGAUGGGUGCUCAAAUAAAGUUGUCAGGCAGAGAUAUGAUGGAUUAGAGAAAUUCUGAUAGUAGUACUGCCUACUCUUGGAAACAGAUGAAUGAAGCCUGGCUAUUUAUGUUGGACUUUUCAUCAAGACUUCAAGUAAAUGGACUCUCAAGGAGGAUGAUAUAGCUUCAAGGAAGUGAGAGAACACUCUAAUCCAGGAUCAUGUUUAUUCCUUGUGCAGGAUAGCAGAAUAAUGAUUUUGUAUCAGAAUGCACAUGUGAGGUUGGCUCUGCUAUGUAGAGCUUAAGAGGAUUCACAAGAAUUACUUUAGUACAUAAAUCAUAAUCCUUGGACAGUUAUAAACAAUCUCAUUGGAAACUCUGAAUCAACGGCAAUGAUGUUGGUUUACGUUAUUGGGUUCAUGGAAAACAAUUGUUGGUUUGUUGUCAAAAGAGAUAGACAGGGCAUCGAAGAGUGGAGUGGUUAAUUUAUACAGGAUCUGUGGAUAUUCCAAGAUUUGUGCUGGAGGCUUAAGUUGUGAUGAAUGUUUAACCAGUUGGUCUCUCUCUCUGGAAUCCUACCUCAUUUCAAUUGAAGCGCUCCAGGUGACCGACUGACCGUAAAUGAUCUCUCGCCAUGUUGUGGAUUUUUAUUUCAGUGUUCAUGGAAAAUCACAAUUACUUCAAACACUUAUUUAUGUCCUUUUUGUGGGUUCUUUUAUCUACCUAUACAUUUUUCUGAAAGAUCUCAUAUGCGACAGCAAAUGAGGGUUUCAUAAGUUCGGAUAUUAUGAUGGAAAUUCUUCCAAGCUUUUGAAUGUGAAGUUUUUUAAUUGAACAAAUACAACAAUUUUUGUGUUAAUGAUUCCUUGAGUUUAGUGUGAAACAAUUUGACUAAUUUCUAAGAGUCAGAACUGAUUUCUUUUGAAUCUGCCAGGGUUUCAUUAUUUUGUCCUGUAUUUAAUAUUGAAAUUUGAAAUUACAAGGUACUGCUUGCAUUUAAAUGGCAAUGUUGUUCUACAGUGUGUUUUUUUAACCGGCGAUAUUGUUUUACAGUUGUGGUUUGGUGGCUAUAGACAAAGGUUUUGCCGGCCGGACCACUUCAUGUAGCUUUGACCAAUGUUCUGCCUAGGCCAGUCCAACUGAGAGAAAGACCUCUCAUAUUUCAAUAGAUUGUAAAUAAGAGUGGUUGUAUUUUUCCUGGAAUCGCAUGUAGGAAAAACAAAUGAAUAUAUGUGUGUAGAAGGGCUGAAGGUAUGUUUGGAAAAGGGCUGAAUUUAUGUGUUUGAUUUGCUA